AGCAAGGAUGCAGAUGUGAUGAUUGGUGCUUUAUUCCCGCUUUAUACUUUGGUCAUACAAAGCGGAAGCAAUGACCCUGGCAAGAAUUUUAUUCGCGUGCAGUUUAAGUUGCAGAAUUAUCAGUUUGUUCUGGCCUUGAUGUUUGCUAUCGAGGAGAUCAACAGGAAUCCCUGUCUUUUACCCAACAUAUCUCUGGGAUUUGAUAUCUAUAAUGUCCCAUAUAUUGAACAUGGUGUGAUGGAUAUUUCCUUCAUGUGGCUCUCAGACCUUGACCAGAGAAUCCCUAACUACAUGUGUAGAAGAGAGAGCAAAUCUGUGGCAGUACUUACGGGAACAUCAUGGGCAACAUCUGCCCAGGUUGGGGCACUUCUUGGGCUCUACAAAUUUCCACAGCUUACCUUUGGACCUUUUGAUCCUAACUUGAGUGACAGUAGUCAGUUCCCUUCUCUCUAUCAGAUGGCUGCCAAUGAUACAUCUCUGGUCCUUGGCAUGGUCUCCUUGAUGCUUCAUUUCCACUGGAACUGGGUGGGAUUGGUCUUCUCAGAAGACCAGAAAGGCAUUCAGAUUCUCUCAGAUUUGAGAAGACAAAUGGACAUAUCCAGAUUGUGUAUAGCUUUUGUGGAAAUGAUCCCUGUCAGCCGAGUGAUAUAUUCCCCAGACUCCUUAUUAAAAUUUCACCAGAUCAUAAACUCCUCUGCAAAUAUAAUUAUCAUUUAUGGUGAUAGUGAUUAUCUACAAAUUUUGAUGUAUAAAUUAGGUCAAAUGUUAAUGACAUGGAAAGUCUGGGUCACGAACUCACAUUGGGAUGGUGCCAUCGUUCCCAGAUAUUUUAUGUUAGACUCAUUCCAUGGAACUCUAAUUUUUUCACACCACCAUGGUGAAAUCUCUUGUUUCAAAAAAUUUAUCCAGACAGCUAAUCCUUCAAAAUACCCAGAAGACAUUUAUCUUGCUAGGUUGUGGUAUUUCUAUUUUAAUUGCUCAUUUUCUGGGUCUGACUGUAAAAGAUUGUUAAAUUGUCUUCCUAAUGCCUCCUUGGAAUGGUUACCCGGACACCAUUUUGAUAUGGCCAUGACUGAAGAGAGUUACAAUAUAUAUAAUGCUGUGUAUGCUGUGGCCCACACUCUUCAUGACAUGCUUCUUCACCAAGUAGAAGUGCAAGAACUGAGAAUGGGGAAAGGCCUGUUCUUUACUCCCUGGAAGUUGCACCCCAUUUUGAGGAAUAUUCAAUUCAAAAAUCCUGCUGGAGAACAAGUGAGUUUGGAUGAGAGAAAGAAACUGAAUGUAGAGUAUGACAUUUUGAACUACUGGAAUUUUCCAGAAGGCCUUGGACUUAAGGUGAAAGUAGGAACAUUUUCCCCAUAUGUUCCAUGUAGUCAACAAUUGUCUUUAUCUGAGGACAUGAUAGAGUGGGGUAUAGGAAUUAGACAGAUUCCCCACUCUGUGUGCAGCGAAAGUUGUGGUCCUGGCUUUAGGAAAACGCCUCAAGAAGGAAUGGCUGCGUGCUGUUUUGAUUGUAUACCCUGCCCAGAUAAUGAGAUUUCUAACAGGACAGAUAUGGAUCACUGUGUGAAAUGUCCAGACCAUCAGUAUGCUAACACAGAGCGAAACUUCUGCCUUCAGAAAGCUGUGACCUUCCUGGCCUACGAAGACUCCUUGGGGAUACUCGCAUGCAUAGCUGUUUGCUUUUCUGCCCUCACUUCGUUUGUUCUUGGCAUCUUUGUGAAGCACCAAAACACUCCAGUAGUCAAAGCCAAUAACCGGGCUCUCAGCUACAUCCUGCUCAUCUCCCUCACCUUCUGUUUUCUCUGCUCCUUGCUCUUCAUUGGCCGUCCCAGCUUGGUUACCUGCGUCCUCCAGCAGACCACAUUUGCAGUUGUGUUCACUGUGGCUGUUUCCACUGUUUUGGCUAAAACAAUAACUGUGGUUCUGGCCUUCAAGGUCACUACUCCCGGAAGAAGAAUUAGGCAGUUGCUGGUAUCAGGGGCACCUAACCUCGUCAUUCCCAUCUGCACAGUGCUGCAACUGAUUCUCUGUGGAAUCUGGCUGGGUACUUCUCCUCUCUUCAUCAGCAUGGAUGCAUCCUCUGAAUAUGGCCACAUCAUCAUUGUAUGUAACAAAGGAUCAGUCACGGCUUUCUACUCCGUACUAGGAUACCUAUGCUCUCUGGCCAUGGCCAGUUUCACGGUGGCUUUCCUGGCCAGGAACCUGCCUGACACAUUCAAUGAAGCCAAGUUCCUGACCUUCAGCAUGCUGGUGUUCUGCAGUGUCUGGGUCACCUUCCUCCCCGUGUACCACAGUACCAAAGGAUAGGUCAUGGUAGCUGUGGAGAUCUUCUCCAUCUUAGCAUCCAGCGCUGGACUUUUAGGCUGUAUCUUUGCUCCCAAGUGCUAUGUCAUUUUUUAAAGACCAGAUAGGAACUCUCUUCAAGGUUUCAGGGAUAAAACAAGGCAUAGCAACAAUAAUAUUUCUUAA